UGGCGCAGAGAGAGAGGCGGGCACGGAGGCGGAGCCCGGCGGUGGCGUACAUAAGGCUGGGCGCGGGGCACCCCCCCCAUCACUCGCGCGUUAGGAAGCUCGGCUCGUUGUGCUGCGCCGUCUUCCCGCCUGCGCCAGGGACCUGCCCAACUCAGUGGCCACCAUGGCAUCAUCAGACGAAGGCAAGCUUUUCAUCGGAGGGCUGAGUUUUGACACCAACGAGCAGUCGCUGGAGCAGGUCUUCUCAAAAUAUGGACAGAUCUCAGAAGUGGUGGUCGUGAAAGACAGGGAGACCCAGCGGUCCAGGGGCUUUGGGUUUGUUACCUUUGAGAACAUCGACGAUGCCAAGGACGCCAUGAUGGCCAUGAAUGGGAAGUCUGUGGAUGGGCGGCAGAUCCGGGUUGACCAGGCCGGCAAGUCAUCUGAUAGCCGCUCCCGUGGGUACCGAGGUGGCUCUGCUGGGGCCCGGGGCUUCUUCCGUGGGAGCCGAGGCCGGGGCCGUGGGUUCUCCAGAGGGGGAGGGGACCGAGGCUAUGGCGGGGGCCGGUUCGAGGCCAGGAGUGGUGGCUACGGAGGCUCCAGAGACUACUACAGCAGCCGGAGUCAGGGUGGUGGCUACGGUGACCGGAGCGCAGGGGGCUCCUACAGAGACAGCUACGACAGUUACGCUACACACAACGAGUAAAAAUCCUUCCUGCUCAAGAUCGUCCUUCCAAUGGCUGUAUAUUUAAAGAUUGUGGGAGCUGCGCUGAAUCGUUAAUGGUGUAGUGAACACACCUCCUUGUCCCCACUUCUGUAGUCUUAAUCAGUUCCGAUCUUGUCGAACACAGCCUGACUGCUUCUGACCCCCCCAUGGCCUCAUCACUACACUUUUCUUUUUAAGGAGGCGUUGUCUGUUUUUAAAAGUUUGCAAAACGUUUUGAAAAGCACUCCAGAUCUCACUUUCACCUUUUUACCACGAGCCGUGAGUUGUAGAAAGUCAUCAGGGGUUGUGUGGGUUUUGCUUUGUUUUUGAUUCGUUGCCUUGUUUCUCUUUUUGGUUGGUCGGCCCCAUGAAGUGGGUGCCCCAAGUCACUUCUCUUUGAGAGAGAUCCGACUGUGAAUCCGCUCUGUCAGAAGCUGAGCACGCUGUGGCUUUUUUCCAACUCCGUGUCACGUUUCUGAGUGUGGGUGGUAGGACCGUCCCGGUGGCAGUGGCAGAGCUGGGCAGCUCGGCCCGGCCCGUGUGCCCACCUGUGCUGUGUGACCCACGGUAGACUUGCAGACGUCUCCGAGAGGUUCUUGAAAACGUUUAUUUAUACCGUCCUUUUUACUGGAAGACGUAUGCAUAUCCCAUCCAUGUUGUAUUUGAAGUGGUUGAGGAAUUCUUGUAUGCAAUUCUCUUUGGCUUCACGAAGCCGAUUAAAAGACCAUCUGAAUGAACCUCGCUCUGACCAUCUCCCUUUGAUUACACAACACGCUCCCUGCUGCGGGCUCAAGGCAGGCAGGCCUGAACAGAGAGGGCAGCUUGAGGACUAGGCCUGCCGGUCCCGCCCAAGGCUGCCAAGAGCUAGACAGGGAAGGCAGAGUCAGUGCCCCUGGCCGGGCCCCCGUGACAGCAGACUGCCACCCGCUCCAGUUAGGUGAGCAGGUGGGUAACGGGAGCGGGCUGCUCGGACGCCAGGGCAGCCCCGGGAGGCUUCUGGCAGUGGCAGCUGGAGGGCUCGAUGGGGUGGGCAGCUUAGCAGGGAUGGUGGACAUGGGGGCGCCUGACGCUGACCCAGAGCACCUUAGUCUAGAAGCAGGCCGGAGAGCAGAUGCAGGCAGUGUCCCUGGGUGACUACGGACUGACCGACUGGCUCAUUAGCUAGCUUUACUGUUGCUUUACAAGUUCCAAGCGUUCUCUGCUAGCCUAUGGAAGCUGCAGCCCCUCGGAGGACAGAAGUGUUGUGCGCCCAACAGAAACCUCUGAGAUGCAAGCUGCUCCCUGGGCUAGCUCAUUUGUGGAGAUAGUCCUGUAACUCGAGGUAACUCCUUUUGCUCGUCCGCAUCCCUCCUGUCAAGAGCUCAUUUGAAAGUCACGUACCUGGGGAAUGUUCCUUUGACUGUUUUUUGCUUUUCCAUUUUCCUUUUUUUCUUUUUUUUUUUUUAA